AUGAGCCGCUAUCUCUGGCUGCCUUUGCCCUAUGUCACCAACUCCUUCCGAAAGAGCCAGGAGGAAGCCAAUGCCAGCGGUUUUCUGUCGGCGCUGUACGAUCUCUCCAACGGCUCCUCCCUGUUCAACUGGGGCAACCUGACCAUCGAGGACUGGGGAAUCUUCAGCAACCAGUCCAAGUAUGAAGCCGAGUCCCAGAACCCGACCGUCAAAGCGCUGCUCAUCGUCGCUUAUUCGGUCAUCAUCGUUAUCUCGCUCUUCGGGAAUGUCCUGGUUUGCCAGGUGGUGGUCAAAAACAAGAGGAUGCACUCUGCGACCAGCCUAUUCGUGGUCAAUCUAGCUGUGGCCGAUAUCAUGAUCACCCUCCUCAACACCCCCUUCACUUUGGUUCGGUUUGUAAAUAGCAACUGGGUAUUUGGGAAGUUGAUGUGUCACGUCAGUCGGUUUGCACAGUACUGUUCUGUGCAUGUGUCAGUACUGACCCUCACUGCUAUUGCUUUGGACCGACAUCAGGUUAUUAUGCACCCAUUGAAACCCAGGAUGUCGACAGUUAAAGGAGUCAUCUGUAUCAUUGUCAUUUGGAUCAUGGCAACCUGCUUCUCCCUUCCACACGCGAUCUACCAGAAGCUGUUCAGAGUCGAAUACAGGAAAGAAAAAGUGCGAAGUUUAUGUCUCCACAAUUUCCCGCAGCCAGCUGAUCUGUACUGGAAGUACAUGGACUUGUCGACUUUCAUUCUCCUGUAUGUUUUGCCGCUUCUGAUUAUAACUGUAGCCUACACAACUGUGGCAAAGAAGCUCUGGCUGCGGAAUGCCAUUGGAGACAUCACUGUAGAGCAGUAUUUUGCCCACAGACGCAAGAAGAUAAUGACCCUGAAGAUGCUGAUGCUCGUGGUGGUAGUAUUUGCCGUCUGUUGGUUUCCUCUGAACUGUUAUGUUGUACUCAUCUCCAGCAAGGCCAUCAACACCAACAAUGCCAUAUAUUUUGCUUUCCAUUGGUUCGCCAUGAGCAGUACUUGCUACAAUCCCUUCAUCUAUUGCUGGCUUAAUGCAAAUUUCCGAGGUGAACUUAAAUCCUUGCUGGACAUGUGCAAAAGGCAAAGGGUGACCCACUCACAACCCCUUCCUUGUGUAUCUCCUCCCUACAGGCAGGCAUGGAUUGAAGACAGAAGCCAAAAGAGAAACAAUCAAGCUCAAAACUUGAGGUUCAACAACAACUCAGCAAGGACUGAUAUUUCCAUUGUCGAACCUAUUGUGACUGUAAGCUAA